UCCAAACGUAGUGGAGACCCGGCGAAGUCUUUGAUUUUUGGCCCAGCUUCUGCCAACAUAUUUUCAUCAACAUGAAGAGUGUGAUAUGUUUUCUCGGAUUUUUUGUUUAUUUUAUCAACAUUUCCACAGCUCUUCCACGUGUGAAACGCAAUAGCUGGGCCACUUCGCCGGAUUCAAAAUUCCAGUCACGAUACAAUUUUACAUCAGAAGAAGAAGUAGAGUUACCAAUAGUAGACGAUGAUACAUUUAGACUAAACCCUCUUAAAAUGGCUUAUCCAAAAAUGCCGAAUGUUUGCAAUGAUUGUGUCUGUGGAGCUGGAAGGAAGAGCAGAAUAGUAGGAGGGACAACAGCAGCAAUUGGAGAAUUCCCUUGGAUGGUUGGGAUGACAAAAAGAGGUCAGUUUCACUGUGGUGGAAGUUUGAUAACUCGGCGGCACGUCCUAACUGCGGCUCACUGUUUGGAAGGAUUUGAUAGAAGAUUCUUUGAGCUUUAUAUGGGCAAUCCAGAGCUUGAUAUAAGCAGUCCAGACAUUAUUAGAAGACGUGUGAGAAGCUGGACCCUUCAUUCUGACUUCAACAUCUAUAAUCUUAAUAAUGAUAUUGCUAUCGUAGAGUUGGAUAGACCUGUACCUCUAGAAGGUCUAGUAAAAACUGCAUGCCUUCCUGAAAAUCAAGCUAUUGAUUACACCGGAUCAUUAGCAACAGCAAUUGGAUGGGGUAAGACUUCUGAAGGAGGGGAAAUAAGUAACACAUUACAGAAAGUCAAAGUACCUGUACUGUCAGAUGAAGAGUGUGAUGAAGCUGGUUAUCAAAAAUCUCGAAGAACUGAAAAUAUGUUUUGUGCUGGCUAUUUAGAAGGAGAAAGAGAUGCUUGUUCGGGUGACAGUGGGGGUCCACUUCUAGUUAAAGGGCCAUCAGGACAACAAGAAGUGAUUGGAAUUACGUCUUUUGGACGAGGAUGUGCAAGACCAAGAUAUCCUGGAGUUUAUACGAAAUUGACGAAUUAUCUAGGCUGGCUGAGAGACAAUUUAGGUGGAGAAUGCAUUUGUCCACCAUCUUAUUAUGAAAUAAUGCUAAAUAAAUUUGUUAUUUUAUUAUUGACAUGUUUUUCUUUAAUGUCAAGUUCAAUAUCCUUACCUCAAGUUAUGUUGCCAUCAAAUCAACCACAGGUUUCUACAAACAAUCGUACAAGUCGAUUUCUCUUUGAUGAGAUUUUCGGAAUUGACGUCACCGCAGGUGAUAAUGAUGGCACUGAAGAAAAACUUAGGAAUUGUACUUGUGAGUGUGGAGUUUAUAGCCAGGAGGAUCGGAUCGUUGGAGGGAGACCAACCGAACCUCACCGUUACCCUUGGAUUGCUAGACUGGUUUAUGAAGGUCGGUUUCAUUGUGGUGGCAGUUUAUUGACGAAUGAUUAUGUUUUGACAGCUGCUCAUUGUCUUCGCAGAUUGAAACGAUCAAAACUACGAAUUAUUCUUGGAGAUCAUGACCAGCAUACUAAUCUGGAAGCUAAAGCAGUGAUGAGAGCUGUCAGUGCAAUUGUUCGUCAUCGUAAUUUCGAUCUUAAUUCAUAUAAUCAUGACGUGGCUUUAUUGAAAUUACGUAAGCCUGUUGAAUUCACCAAGACAAUAAGGCCCAUUUGUUUACCUCAAACGGGAUCUGAUCCAGCUGGGAAAGAAGGAACAGUUGUAGGCUGGGGACGAACGAUGGAAGGUGGUAUGCUACCAGGAGUAAUUCAUGAGGUCAAAGUACCGAUUUUUAGUUUAGAACAAUGUAGAAAAAUGAAGUAUAAAGCAAACAGAAUUACUCCAAACAUGAUUUGUGCUGGAAAAGGAAGCCAAGAUUCAUGCCAAGGAGACAGUGGAGGACCAUUACUUGUGCAAGAAGGUGAUAAAAUUGAAAUAGCAGGUAUUGUUUCAUGGGGGGUAGGUUGUGGCAGACCUGGAUAUCCAGGUGUGUAUACAAGAGUUUCAAGAUACCUUAAUUGGAUUAAUACCAACAUGGAGAAUACUUGCUUAUGCAAAUAAAUUUUUUUG